UUGGCGCGACUUUCGUUCGUGUCGGCGCCGCGUCUCAAGGUUCAUCCGCGCCGGUUAUUAACGAUGUCAAGGCGUUUACCUUGAUCAACAAUGUUCGACGGUGAAACCGCAGAACGCGGGCGUUGUCGCGACGCGUUUUGAGGCGCAGUUUUUUUUUUCGCAACGGAACGAGACUUCGCGAGACUGCUGCUAUCGACCGUGAGACCACCAUCUUUCCGAGCCCAGCAGUGUCCAGCAGACGACGCACGACGCACCGUCGGGCUGUCAACGUACAAACAUGGCGUCCGCAACGUCGUACCUAACCACGAGGUAUCCGAUUGUCUCGUAAAACGAAAAUAAGUGUCGUUUCGUUACGGAGGGGACUGGGAAUAAUAGUUCUAGUCGCCGAUAGUGGGUGGAAGGUCGUCACUCUGACAUUCGCUUGCGCACUUCCGUACCCUUACUGAUGGAUGACGACACGAUUGCUUUUGGAGAGGAGGAGGAGGCCCAGAAUUCCAACAAACUUAAACACCCGUACGUUACGCUGUUUCACUUGGCCUUCCGGAUAGCGGCUAUAAUAGUUUAUUUGUUUUGCGGCUUGUUUUCAAAUAGUUUUAUAGCAAGCUUUGUAACAGUGGUACUACUUUUAUCGAUGGAUUUUUGGACCGUUAAAAAUAUUACAGGAAGAUUAAUGGUUGGCCUUAGAUGGUGGAAUUAUGUGGAUGACGAUGGCAAAAGCCAUUGGAUUUUUGAAUCUAAAAAGGGUGCACAACAGAACCGCAUUAACGCAACCGAGGCGAGAAUCUUUUGGUUAGCUCUGAUUUUGUGCCCAUUUUUUUGGUCACUGUUAUUCAUUGCAGCGUUAUUUGGCUUUAAAUUCAAAUGGCUUUUGCUCGUUUGCAUUGCCAUAGUUUUAAAUGGUGCAAAUCUGUAUGGCUAUGUCAAAUGUAAAAUGGGAAAUGAUCAAAAUAUUUCAACUGCCACAAGUGAUUUCAUCAGGAAACAAGUUCUUCAAAAUGUUACGUCAAUAAUGAAUAGGAGUCCACCAACGAAUAAUUCCAAUCAACCAACUAAUGUUAUAUAAAUUAUGAAACAUUAAUAUAUGUGU